AAAAUGCGUGACACUUGUCGCUGACCGUGCCUAUAUAAAUGCAAAAUCCAGCUUUCCUUUGAAGAAGUCCUAAAAGUAAGACUUUGACUGCAAGAGAGAGACGCAUCUCGCAAAGUUCCAAAACCAUCCAAGGAUAUACCAAUUACGCACACCACAGAUUCUUCUCGCCACACUUUGACAUGAAGCUCAAUUUUCUCGUCACCACCGUGGCUCUACUCGUUGCCUUUCCACCACCUUAUGAAUGUAGAGCCAUAGACAGCAGCUCAAACCAGCCAGCCACGGACCCCGAUGGAGAGCGACAGUCAGCACCGGUUCUGGCGCGCUUGGGAGAGGAGUACUUCAUCCGGCUCGGUAACAGAUAUCAGAAUUCUCUCCGGUCUUCACCUGACACGUACCCCGAGACAUCCCAGUAUCCCAAAAGAGCACUGCAGCUCCAGUUAACGCAGCGUCUGUUGGAGGGCAAAGUUGGAAACGUCGGCCGCUGGGAUGGCAAUUACGCGCUCCGGGCGCUCGACUCCGAGGAGAGAGAGCGCAGGUCGGAGGAGCCGCCGAUUUCCCUGGAUCUGACCUUUCAUCUGCUACGAGAAGUACUAGAGAUGGCCAGAGCCGAACAAUUGGCCCAGCAAGCUCACAGCAACCGCAAAAUGAUGGAAAUAUUCGGGAAGUAACCGCGACCAAACCCAUCUGCCAAAGAUAUUUUUACAUUUAGCACAAACAUAAAUAUUCUGUACCAUAGUGCUGCUUUUCCAUCACGAUCUAUUUAUACCGGUGAAUUACAGUAUGUAUUUGUAGAUAUUUCAAUGAAGGCGAAUAGAGUUGGUGUAUAUGACCAUGACUGGUAAAUUGUUCAGAUGCGCAAAACUGUCAUCAGUCUCCAUCAGUGUUAUUGUAUAAGUGAUCAUUCAGAGCUCUAGAUGAUUCAAAACGGAUUUCUUAAAAAAGAGAGAAGAAUUUAAUAUUUUCAAGUACUUUAUUAUUUUAUCUGACAGACUUGAGUUUCAUUGUAACAUACAGUACAUUGUUUAAGUUUGUUAAUAAACUAAUGAGCAACCAUUGAUUUUUGUUGUGCAAGAGAAUGUCUUAUAUUUAUAUUUUUCAAUAAAACUUUGAAAGCCAGUUUGAUAUUUCUUGUGUAGAUUAUUGCCGUAUGAACAGGAGUGGUUAAAUUUAAAAAAUAUAUAAUUAAACAUAAAUUGACAAAAAUGUCACAAACAUUUUGAUUUCCCAAGGCAGCAACAUAUUGUGAAUAUAAUCAACGAAGGAUCGUAUCAAAUAUUCUCGGUGAUUUCAUUGUGACGUAAAGAAUAAAGAUCAAUGAAUGAUGAUCAUACGGAGAUGAUUGACAGGAGAUGCAUCUCGUUCCUGAUUGGCUUCCUCAGGCGAAAACUCAUCAUUCCUCUCCAAAAGUGUUAAUUUUUGGAAGUUAAUAUACAUAUUAAAUGUUGACUCUAUUCCAUUAUUUAUAUUACAAUUAGACCUAUACAAAUGUUUGUAACAAUUUACAGGUUGUAUUCGUUAACAGUAUAAUGAAUUAUACUUUUUCAGCACUUGUUAAUCUUGGCUGAU